AUGGCCCAAGGACAACCUCUCGAGCCUGACAGUCUUCUGUACAAGUUUGCGCAGAACGAUCUUGACUUGAGUAAGAUACCAGAGAAACUUCGCUGUAAGGGCUGCGGAAACUUUGUCCUCAACGCGUUUAAAGCAGCCUGCUGUGACAGUGGACUCUGCGAGCAAUGCAAUACCAGCUUCAUCGAAAAGAAAUGCCCCGCCUGCAACCAUACUCCCCUAGUUACCAGUGCCAGCAAGGCGCUUCGAGGCACUGCGAGGAAUUAUCUGAGGACUCAGAUGGCAAGCGCCGAUGCUGCGAAAUCUGCCGAGGCUACAAACAGCGCACCUCCUGAACCACGCGAGACCCCUAUGGCUUCGGACAUUCCUGUGAGCACUAGCGCCGCUGGCAAACAAGAAGGUGAAGAGAAGAAGUUAGAAGAUGCCCAGACAUCGCAGACUGUGGAUGAACAGCCAGAGCAAAAUGAAGAUGUCAUUCAAUCAAUAGAGGAACCGAAGACCCGUUCUAGACGUCCAACAAUCGAUUCCGCAUCAGGUAAUGAGCUUGACGACGAUAUCGAAAUCAACGUUGGACCCGACUACGAUCUGUCGGAAAUUCCUGAUGUAUCGAAACGUAGUCCUCUUGCCGACGAAAACGAUCAAUGGCUCGGCGAGCAACAUCCCUCCGAGAAGCCUCGAAAGAAUUCUACCAUACCACAACAUCAGCAUACACCUCAGAACCAGUCUUUCGCAUCUGACGCCUCACACAACAAUUUCAGUGGAUACAAUCAGGAUUUUUCUGGAAUGCCGAACGAGGCAAUGAUGAAUAUGAUGCCAAACAUGAUGAACGGUGGCAUGCAAAACUUACAGAACAUGAAUAUGAUGAACCCCCAGAUGAUGCAACAAAUGGCCCAGAUGCAAACCCAAUUUAAUCAAGCGAUUCAUAGUGGACAGAUGAUGAAUCCGCAAAUGCUGCAGCAGAUGCAAACUAUGAUGAACAGCAUGAAUGUGAUGGGAAUGAAUGGCUCGAACUGGCCAAACAUGAUGGGCGGUGGUUUUGGCAUGGGUCCACAAAACUUCUUUCCUAUGAUGAGUAAUGGUGCUAGCUUCAAUAAUGGCCAGCAGCAAUAUCAGCAGAAUUUCCCCAAUGGUGAUUUCGCCUUCAAUAAUACUAGAAAUGGCAGUUUCGAUCGCGGUCGUGGGGGUCGUGGUCGUAAGCAACGUGGAGGUCGCUUCGCCAACAACAACCAGUUCUCCCAUCAGAACCAGUAUGGAAACUUCAACAACAUGCCCUUCCAGACUCAGUUCAACCAAGGACCGAAUCAAUAUCAACAAAACCAAUACGAUCAUAACAUACAGGGAACUCAGCAAGCUAACAACGAUAAAGUGGUUGAGCAGCAUGCUGACGAUGAUGACUUUGCUCCAGGAGGUCAAGAUGAAGUUCAGGAAGCCCUUGGCGACUCCUACAAAAAGGCUUCAGAGCCACCCGAAGAGCCCAAAGUCGAGGACACGCCAGCUGUCGAGCUCAAACACGAAGAGUACCAGCGAGAGCCCUCUCCAGCUGUGUCAGAGACUGUGCCUUUGGUGGAAUCUCCGAAGCCAGACGUGAAGGAAGCAUAUAUUCCAGAAGCUUAUCGGGAGGACCUUGAUUUUGCUUCUGCACCACCAACCGCUCCAUCGGGACCAUCCGCUAAGGACGUAUCUUUCCGUUCUAGAGGUCACGGACGGUUUCCCUCAAGGGGCCAGCGUGGCUCCUACCACGGAUCGAUUGGCUUUCCGCCUCGAUCUCCUGCUAGGCCAAUCUCAUCCCAUCAAAAUAUCUCUCCCCCAAUGAACCAAAAACCAGGUGUAGUAGGUGCUCCAACCGGACCUAGAGCGAUGCGUGAAAAGGAAGCACCACUUCCAGUGAAGAUCUUAUCAAGGUCGGAAAGUGACGUUGGAUUCAAGAUUAGGGGAACCGCAUCACAGGUCAAAGAACAGCGAGCUAGAGAAGAGGCACCAAGAAGUGUCACACCUCGGAGCACGUAUGAUGACUAUAAUGAUCGAGAUAGAGAGUCUUCUCGGAGACACUCAAAACAUGAUCGUAAGCAUGAAAGUUCUCGUCACGAAGACGAUCACGAUGACCAUGAUGACCGUGAUCGUAAACGAAGAAAGUCCAGGCGUAACGAAUAUGAUGACUAUGAUAUGGACGGAAUUGAGCACUCUCACUCCAAUUCCCGGGCCGACUCUCCAGAUCCAAGUCAUCGAAAUGGACGACGAGAGCGAGACAAGGCUAGGGACAAGUACUCUAGUAGCACCAAACACAAGUCUUCGUCCCGUAAAUAUGAAGAUGGCUACGAUGACCACGAAAACGGCGACGACUACGUGGAAGAAACCAGAUCGAAACCCUCCAAGAAGUCCUCGAGCAGAUAUGAGGACCGUGAGGAGCGGGACCGGAGAGACCACGAGCGGUCAGAAAAGGACAAACACCGCAAACGAUCUAGACAUGACCGCGAUCGUGACGACGGGUAUGAAGACGCGGAUGAAGAAGAGUCUCGCCGUCGAUCGAGAAAGCACAAGAAAGAGCACACUAGUCGCAAAGACAGAGAUCGAGACGUUGAGACACCGAAAGAUACCGACCUUGGCAUGCGCAUUACUGGACGCUCAUCCACUAAUCGAGCAUCCGAAGUUGCACCACUAUCACUGCAGCCUGACAAGGAUCCCCACACUCUAGAACGUGAAGCACGAAAUCAGGAACGAAUGCUCAAAGAGCAACAGAGACGCGAGGCGGCGAAUAAUGCGAAAGGCGGCGGUCUCAGCGGUGGCCGUACGCGGAGCUACAAGUACGAGGACGAUAUUGAGCGACAAUUGAACAAGCCUAGUCGUCGACGAUAG